AUGCACUCUCGAACACCUACACCUGAAUCCUCAAUAAUGAUGAUGGAUGAAGUUACAUCCAUACCGCUAUCAUCCAGAACGACAACACAAAAUGGUACAUCGAUACGAUCAACUUCAACAAUUGUAAGGGAUGAACAUACUUCUGUUACUACCAUGUCUUCAUCCUUCAUUGAGACAACAUCACCGAUCUCUGUAUCUGCAUCGAUGAUUAAUAACAGUUUUUUACCAACAACUGAAAAUAUUCCAUCGGCAAAUCAUUCUCUAACAGAUGUAUCUGAAUCCACGAUAACGAUCACGGGUGAAGUUACCUCAAUACCUCUAUCGUCGAUAACGACGGCAUCAAACUAUACAUUAGUUGUUACACCUAUAAAAAUGGUGAGCGACGAACGAACUUCUAGUACCAAUAUGACGUCCUCCUUCACUGAACCAACAGCAAUGAUCGCUGUAUCAUCAUCCAUAAUCAAUAACACGUUUUCGUCGACAACUCAAUCACCUUUACCAUCACAUCAGUCUCUAACGCCUACGAGUGAGUCCUCAACCGUAAUGAUACGUCAACCUACAUCAAUAACUCUUUCAUCGAGAACUACGACACAAAAUCAAACAUCGAUAACAUUACCUUCAACAAUGGUAAGCGAUCAACGUGCUUCGACUACCGUUUGGAUGUCGCCUUUCACUGAUCGAACAACGUUAACUUCUGCAUCUUUAUCGAUGACAAAUGAUAUGUUUUCAACGACCACUCAAAAAGCUUCGUCAAUAAAUCAGUCUUUAAUACCUAUUGGUGAGUCUUCAACAAUCAUGAUGGGUCAGCCUAUGUCAAUACAUCUAUCAUCGCCCAUCAUGACGCAAAACCACACAUCAGUGGCUACAUUUGCAACAAUAGUGAGCGCUGAUCGUACUUCUGUUACUAACAUGACUUCGCCAUUCACUGAGGCAUCAGCUUUGAUGCCUACGUCCUCAUCAAUAAUCAAUGAUACAUAUCCGUCGCCUACUGAAAUACCUUCGCCAACAAAUCAGUCUAUAGCAUCUACACCUACAUCCUCUACAAUGAUGAUUAGUAAAGCUACGUCAAUAUCUCUAUCAUCAUCAACUAUGACACAAAACUAUACAUCGAUAACUACACCUCCGACACUGCUAGACGAUAAACAUACUUCAGUUACCCACUUGACAUCGUCAUUUACUGAAUUACCAACAUUGAUCUCCCUAUCAUCAUCGAUAAUCAAUGCCACGUUUACGUCGACCACUGAAUUACCUUUGUCUGCAAAUCACUCUCGAACAUCUACACCUGAAUCCUCGACAAUGAUAAUGGAUCAAGGUAUGCCCAUACCUGUAUCAUCAACAAUGAUAGCGCGAAAUCAUACAUCGAUAGGAUCAACUUCAACAAUUCAUCGAUGA